GUUUGCGACAGUGUGGUCUGUUUACGGCACCUUAUGGUAAUUACUCUGGAGGUAAACAAGAAAAGUAAGCGUGACUUUUUUGCUCCGAAAGUGGGAUUAGCACAACGAAAGGUAAGUGUGAAACAGUCGAUGAGAGAGAUUCAUUUAGACGCAAGAGUGUCGUUCGUGUCUUGAGUGGAAAUCCCCUUUGGAAACUCGGGGUUGGAGGUUAUUCCUGUUUGUGUACCAGGAAGCGCGUCAGGACUGCGACUCAGCGUGCCAAGUCCACGACACGAAAGAAAAGAGUGUGAUCCAGGGUUGUUUCUGUGAGAUAACCCCAUUCAUAUACAAGACCUUUUGUAAGCUGUAGUGGCCGGUAUGUGACCUUUGUAGGGAUGUGAACAAAGUUUGAUACAAUCCACGCACAGGGUACAGCCUCGCAACCUAUACAUGUGUAGGUUAGUUAUGGAAACGCUGCACUUCCUUUGGUCGCAGUGGGUUAGUAAAAUGCAGUCUUUUGAACAUGCAAAACCUGCAAAACCAGUUUCCAUACAUUUGAAAUAAAAGUUAGUCCAGACGUGCAGGGCGUGUCCUGUCGUAUCUUUGCAGUGAUAGUGUGUCUGAACAGGCCGUCUACCUGAUAUUUGUCCUCUUUUCCUAUCUUUCUGGUGAAAAGUGUGUGGUUUGCACAUUUCUUAUCACAAGCCAGCCUUUGUCUGUGCAGUUGCAAUCACAGUGUGAGACUAUUGUCCUGAUUGCUCCACUACAGUAGGGGAGAGUGGGGUAAGUUGAGCCACCCUCUGUUACUAGGAAAUGGUAAAAGAAAUUGAUCAUGUGAGCAAAUAUUUAGGGAGAUGGGCCAAAAAAAAGUUUUCACUCUUGAAAGUGAUUUUUUUUCUUCUGUUUUUGUAUUAGUUUUAUUAGAAUUGUGUUCAGACCAAAAAAGAUCAUUUUAAAUUUGUUUUAUACGUCAAUUGUGGUAUCUAUUAGCUACAACAUGAGGUCAAAAACCUAGCUUAGAGGUCUAAUAAAGUCAUAAUAGUAGUCCUGGGGUAAGUUGAGCCAUCCCAUUGAGCAUUUUUGGUCUGAAAGAGGUCUAAUAGACAUCUAAAUGUAGCCUAGUCCAGUGGUUCUUAAGUCCAGUCCUCGAGGCCCACUGUCCUGCAUGUUUUGGAUGUUUCCCUGCUCCAACACACCUGAUUCAAAUGAUCAGCUCGUUAUCAAACUCUGUCUUGAUGACGAGCUAAUCAUUUGAAUCAGGUGUGUUGGAGCAGGGAAACGUCUAUACUACACUGUAUAUUGCUCAAUGGCUAUCAUCAUUUUUUGGUUAAGUACCUGGAGAUCAGUUAUGUUGCUUUUUGAAAUCAAUAAUGGGUUAGAGUGCAAUGUCUAAAUUCUGUUUAAAAAUAUGCAGGAUUUAGAUGGUUGAAAUUAGGUCUAAAAAAAAAAAAAAAAAAAAUAAGACAUAUAAUAGCCGUCUCUUGCUCAGUGGGAUUUAGCCAGGGGUAAGUUGGGCCAGUGGUUCAACUGAGAAAAGUAAAGGAGUCUGAUGAAAGGAUCAGAGUUUCAGUUCAAAUUGUUGAAAUAUGUUACUUUUUCUUCUUAAAAGUACAGCUGUAAAUGUUCUGAAUCACUUAAAGACAUUCUCAUGUUAAAAUGUUUUUUUUUUCCGUUUUUUUUUUACAGAACAGCUUUUUAGCAUUUUUUUGCAAUAAUAAUAAAAAGAAGUAUUGUACCAGUUGAAUAGUGUAUAAUAGAUAAAAAUACAAAUAAAGGUGAACAAGUGACUGUUAUUUAGGGAGAGAGAGGUUGAGGGAGGGCUGGGGAGGAGAGUGGGGGGUAGUAGGGAUACGGCUCAACUUACCCCACUCCUAUGGUCAACUUACCUCAUACAUGGGGUAAGUUGACCAUAGGAUACCACUUUUUUGGCAUGCUAUAUUAUCAAAACAGUUACGUUUACACUCAUUCUGUUGGUUUGUAGGGAUGAACAACAUCUUGAAAUAUAUGCAGAUACACUAGUUAGAGACAAAACUAUGAUUGCCUUGAUGUAGUGAUCCGAAAUAUGAAGAAUGGCUCAUCUUACCCCACUCUUCCCUACACUACGUGCAGUCUUACAGCCACAUUUUCUCUGUCUUUGAUUUGUUUAUAUAGUGUUAUUUAAAGUUAUACUCAUUUGUACAACUGUAAAUAUACUCGGUCCCUUCUUUGAGGCUGUGCUCUCAAGUGUUAUAAUUGUGCACACUACAUAGCAAAAUACAUGUAAAAUGUGCUUCAACCUGCACUCAACUGCAUUUGGUAUUGGAAUGAAUUGCAAGGCAGCAUGUUUUUAUAGCUACACAAAUAAAAGUCUUUGUCGGUUUGAUUUUUUAAGAUGACAUGAGCCUGUGAAGAAAGCUUACUUAAGGUUAAUUCAUUGUGGAUUUGUUACAGAUUUUUUUGUGAUGGAUUUUAAAACUGUACGUAAAGAGAACUCAGUAAAAGAGAAGGAAUUAACAGUCAUUUCUUGAUAUUUAAUGUUUAAUUUGACAUUUUUAAAACUUUUUUUAUUUAUUUCCAGUAGCAAAAAUGCUUCUCCAUAAUCGAGCUGUGUUUGCUCUCGGUCUGCGGAUGUGCUCCACUCAUGUGAAGAGAGGACCUUCUAUGGACACAAAAAGACAGAGCUCAGGUAACAGAGGUUCAGUUAGGUUCAUGAAAUGCCACUGCUCCUUUGUUCAAUGUUUGUUUUCUCUGAUGUUACUCAGUCAAGUUGUCCUCCAUAAUGACAGGAGCUUUACCGUAUGAGAAAAUUUAUCAGGGAAAUUUAAAAGAAACAAAAAACAAAGUUAGUACAACUCUGCAAUGGUUUAACAAAUGUCAGAACAAUGUGCAAUGUUAAGCGAGUACUGACCGUGAAUUCAUUCAAAACAAUCAUGUAUUCACUUCCUGAUAACGUAACCUUACUUUUUCUUUUUUCCCCUCCUAGAUAUGUCUGACUUCCGUGAGAUCUUUUCCAAAGCCAAGCACAUAGCAAUCAUAACAGGAGCAGGUGUGAGUGCGGAGAGCGGGAUCCCAACCUUCAGAGGGGAACAUGAGAAGUGGAGGAAAUGGCAGUCUCAGGUGAAAACACACACUAGUAACUGUCCGUGUUACUUAUUCAUUGUAUUUUAUUUAGGUCAGUGCUCUGUGUUUGGUCUGUUUUUUCAGCUGUGGUUCAGAGUCAUUGCUGUUGAGUGGGUGUAUUUUCUGUUUACAUAAUAACUCGCAUAUCUCUGUGGAUUUAUCUCAGAGGCAACAGCCAGGAAAGAGAUAGAUGUUUGUUUCAUAAUAUAGAGUCUUGUGGUGGGCAGCAGAAAGAUUUACUUAAAGAAAAAAAUGUCUAAAUGAUGUGUGUAUUCAACUUUUUUGCCGUCUUGUAUCCUACCCUCAGCUGAUUUUUUCCCAGCUCUCAAAUGUGUCUGUGUUGACCCCCAUGUAGGACCUGGCUACACCAGAGGCCUUCUCUCGCACCCCUUCCCGGGUUUGGGAGUUUUACCAUUACAGGAGAGAGCUGGCUCUGAACAAGAAGCCCAACGCGGCACAUUUGGCCAUUGCGGAGUGUGAAGCUCGUCUCAGGAAACAAGGGCGCUCUGUGGUCAUCAUCACCCAGUGCAUAGACGACCUCCAUCGGCAGGCUGGCUCCAAACAUGUGCUGAAGAUUCAUGGUGAGAGGCCGAGUUUAGCCUUCAGAGAUACAGAUCAGGAUUUUGACUCUCAUGACAGUAUGUUUUCUGUGAUAGGUUUUCUCUAAUAGACGAGCAGAAGAGAAAAUAUGUAGUGUGUAAAGUGGAAACACAAUAGAAUCGAAUAGACUUUAUUUGUCAUUGCACAAAGCAACAAAAUUUCGUUGUGCCAUCCUGAAUGCAAAAAAACAAAAACAAGUACAACAAUGCAUACACAUGGCAGCAUUCAUUCAUGUUAAAAGGCAUAUUUAAAACAUAAAGACGCUGAUGAACAUUAGUCCCAUAUUGCACUGUUAAAUGAGAAGUGGUUGCACAUAGUCCCAUAUUGCACUGUUGAUAAAUAAAAAGAUGAAUAGAAUAAAUAGAGGGUUACAUUAUUGCAUUUAUUGGCCUGACAUUAAGUUCAGUUAUGGCUCUGUGAAAGAAACUGUUUUUGAGUCUGGAGGUGCGGGCUCUGAGCGCCCUAUAGCGCCUCCCUGAGGGUAGCAGAGAGAACAGGCGAUGACUGGGGUGGCUGGAGUCUCUGAUAUAUGAGACAAUGAUAUACAGAGUGUAUAGAAUAAAAAAAACAAUCUAGUACUUAUUAAAGGGAAUCUUGAAGUUUCCCUGCUGAAUCUUUGGGACCAUUGCAGUUUAAGCUGGGUUUUCCUUGGUCAUGGGAGGACUUCAUGAUUCUUUGCUGUUGUUUCUUUCAAACAAACAUCCUCAGAGUUAGUCGUACUAAAAGCUCAUGUCUUGUGACUGUAUCAUCUGAUAUGGUGCUGAUAUUCUCUCUCCAGCUUUGACUUUCUUUUCUGUUUUCAUACAUUUUCAGGCUGAUUUAAUGGCAUAAACACAAACUAAUUAUUUAUGCGUGAGUCAGGAGACAGAGCCACCACUGUUUACAUAUUCUGUAUAUGGAGAGAGAUGUCUUCUGUGACCCCAUCAAGCCUCAGUAACAAACAGCUGUGUUUUCAAUGUGUAACUGCAGGCAGUCUGAUGGAGACACGCUGUGUGAGUUGUGGAGACGUGACCGUGAACAAGCGGAGCCCCAUAUGUGCCGCCUUGAAGGACAAAGGGUAAAAGGCAGCACCUCUGGAAUAAACACAAACACACACACUGAUAGAUGUGUAGGAUUUGUAGCUUGAGGUUGUCAGUUUGACCUCACCUGUGGGUUAUGAGCGAUUCAAACUGCUGUGAUUGAUCUCUUUAUGCACAGGGCACCAGGCCCAGAUGUUGCAGAUGCACAGAUUCCAGUGGAUAAACUGCCAAGGUGGGAUUACUCUCAUUUCAUAUCUAUAAUUCCAAAGGUCAGAUUAAUGAAACCUUUUGUCGUGUUUUACUGCUGCGUGCUAUUUGUAGAGGUUUCAAACCAGCCUGACAGCACCACAUAUCCUGUAUACUCAGGUACAUUUUUGAAAAGCACCAGAUAAAGAGUGACAACUUUAUAUUUCCAAAAACUAAAUCGUGCAGAACUCAACCUGAAAGGAAAGAAGGAAAAAUCCUGCUAAGAAUUUAAAUAUCCAAAUACUCCACAAGUCCACAUUGAGACAGUGACCUGAUUUGACUGUACAUAUUCGCUUUAUUCCUGUUAUUACAAAAGCUAUGGACUCAUUUCAACUAUGGAUUAAGGGUUCAUACAAAAAGAUGACAUAGGUACAGGUUACCCACUACCUACAAUUGUUGUCGUACAGAAAGAUAUAUAUAUAUUUCAUAUAUUUGGAUAUUUAUUUGCUGUUUUUGUUGUAUCAUUGUUAAGGGCUUAGCUAUCUCAGAAAAAGUGAGCUACCCUCUCUGACUCUCUGUAACACACAAAGUGAUCUUCACACUGAUGUAGCAACAAUUCAGUGUCCCGGUAAAUUAGCGUGAGAGUACUGUGAACAUUUGCUCUCUAAAACUCUGGAGACUAUAACUUUCCUUUAACAUGCUUCAGGUUUGCUCUUCACUUCUUCUCUCCUCUGUAAAUUACAAGUUUACAUUCAAGGGCCUCCACUUGGGGGCAGUGGUGUGCUAUGUGACUUCAGUCUUAAAUUUACUGACAGGAAGUGAAGCUGUAACCAUGGCAAAAGAUUUACAAGCGAUUAAAUUAAAAUUCAAAUAUGUAGAAAAGCAACAAAUAACAAUGAAAGAACAAUAAGAAGAGAUUUUGCUUCAAUUAAUCUCUGUGAUUGCCUUCAAAUCUACAUUAUAACUGAAUUACACAGGGCAGUGUCUUCUCUGCUUUUUAUGGGUCUGUGUGGAUUAUGCUCUUGUGUUAUGGCAAAUGUAUCAUUCUGAAAUCAAUCAUGACAAAUCAUAUAAAACUAUUUGGUGCUGCUGCAUCAAGGUGUGACGAAAUCGACUGCCACGGUCUGCUGAGGCCAAACGUCGUGUUUUUUGGAGAAACUCUGGACUCACACAUCCUGACCAAGGUGGAAAAAGAGAUGGAAACAUGUGACCUCUGCCUAGUGGUGAGUUAUUCUCGAUUUUUGAUACAUAACCAAAACAUUAAAAAAAUCAUGAUAGGUGCUGAAAUUUCUCUCUAAUUCUUCUCUAAUUUUAACAUCUAGGUUGGCACGUCCGCUAUCGUUUACCCAGCAGCCAUGUUUGGCCCCCAGAUUGCGUCUAGAGGUGUCCCUGUGGCAGAGUUCAACACCAACACUACACCCAAGUCUGAGUACUUCACGUAAGUCGGACAAGAAACCAUGUGCAUGUUGACAAAGACAGAUGUAUCCUGCCCGUCAAGGGAAACCGACCCAGCGAGAAAUGAUGCAUGUGUAAAUUGAUGUUUUGUGCCACCCACUAGCAGGUAGGCAACAACCAGACCUCUCUCUGAUGCACUUUCAGCUUCAUCUGCUCACCUAAAACCUUCUUGUUUUUUUCCCCCAUGUCUGUGUGUGUGUGGCGUGACGUGACACAGGCAUCGUUUCCAGGGUCCCUGUGGAACCACGCUGCCCCUGGCUUUGGCGCGACAUGAGUCAGAAAUUAUCUAAGAAGGCACAGUCGAGCAUGAACUCUCCAGACAAACCAGGGUUUUCUCUACAGACGAAUGAAACACAAGCGUGGGGAGGGGGUUCAUAACAUUCCUUAAUUCAAUUUUUUAUUCCAAAUCUUGGCCUUAAAACGAUUGUAGCUGUUGAUGCUUGUUAGAGGAAGAGAUGUAUAGGAAAGAGCUUUUUUAAGACUCCUACUUGAACCUACAGCUUACUAAACUGGAAUCGGGAUAUUGUACAUAUUUGCUGCCUUGACUGAGGCAGAAGAAACUAAACAGCAACUAUGCAGCAGUAUCAAAAAAGGGAAUGCACUAUGUUUGUAGGUGUGUACAUAGGAUAAUAUCUCAGAAAUCAUUACAUGGUACCUUACUUUUUACAUGUCUUGCUUAUAUGCUGGAGAGAGAUCAUCCUUGUAUUAAUACUGGGCUCUGACAUUUUGCUGUACAUCAUACUUUUUUUUUCUUCCAGAGUGCAAAUGCACAACUUUACUUUUUUUUUCUUGCCUCAAAAUGAACAGAUGUUCUGAGAGUAACAUAAUCUUGUGCCUUUCCGAACUGUUUACACAACCUUGACCAAAUGCUCGCUUCAAACCUCAAGUGCAAAUCGACCAAUGUUACAGAGAUUACGCCAAGUGCACAGACUCUGCUUUUGACCAAGGACAGAUGAGGCAGAGAGGGAAACUGUUGUUCCUGUGUGUGCGCUGUUACGACAUCAGUAGAGUUACAUGUCAUGGAUCAUGCAUGAUGCAUUUUUACAAACCUUAAUGUCUACUUUCAUGCAAUAUACACCUUUGUCCGAAUACUGUGGAUGGAAAUUAUCCAAAAAUGAAAGAAUUUAUAUCUUUAAUUACUUGAUCUGUUUUUAUAUUUGUACCCACCAACAUCUAGCAGUACUUUUUCAGGGGUUUUCUAAUAAAAGCUGCCAAUGUAGUUAUACAGAACAUGACCAUUAAAACACUAAAUAUACUUU